AUUCAUGGCGAACAUUUGGGCCAUGUUUGCUGUGGUGUUCCUGGCUAUCUACACUGCUAACUUAGCGGCUUUCAUGAUUACCAGAGAGGAGUACCAUGACCUUUCGGGAAUCGACGAUCAUAGGCUCCAGAACCCGUUCUUCAAGAAGCCGCCCUUCAAGUUUGGCUUCGUACCCUUCACUAACACAGAAACCAUCUUGUUUAAGCACCAGCCGGAGAUGUUCCAAUACAUGAAGCAAUACAACAAGUCCAAUAUCAAUGACGGCAUCAAAGCUAUCAAAAAGGGAAUUCUGGAAGAUUUCCUUUUGUUUCCCUCAGAAUUCUUCUCACCUCUUCCACAGUGGCAUCCAGUGUUUCCUCCAGCUUUUCAUCUUCGCCACAAUGGUCUCUACGCUAGUUCUAAU